UACACGUUGAUUGGCUCUCAGCAUUCUCGCCUCAACCACUGAGGCAAUGAGCAACACUGAGCUGGACGAGAAUAAAACCACACCCCUCUGUCACUCAGUUCACUUCAGUAUUUGUGAGCAACUACUGAAAAUUUAAAAUGAGCGGCAGAGGCAAAACAGGAGGAAAGGCUAGGGCGAAGGCCAAGACUCGCUCAUCUAGGGCCGGACUCCAAUUCCCCGUGGGUCGUGUUCACAGGCUGCUCCGCAAGGGCAACUAUGCCCAUCGCGUUGGGGCUGGUGCUCCUGUCUAUAUGGCUGCUGUGCUCGAAUAUCUGACCGCUGAGAUCCUCGAGUUGGCUGGCAACGCUGCCCGUGACAACAAGAAGAGUCGUAUCAUUCCCCGCCAUCUGCAACUGGCUGUGCGCAACGACGAGGAGUUGAACAAGCUUCUCGGCGGAGUGACCAUCGCUCAGGGUGGUGUGUUGCCAAACAUCCAAGCCGUGCUUCUUCCCAAGAAGACCGAGAAGUCUAAGUAAAUUUACUCCGAUAAACCCCAUUUAAAAAGGCUCUUUUAAGAGCCACCCAAACA